CUGAUCUCGUCAGGUUGUUGUGGUCACCAGCUGAUCGGCAUUGGAGUCGACAGCCUCCUCGUCGUGGACUCGUCGUCCCUGAUGCUUUUACUCUAGUAUUUUUCAGACUGCAGCGGAAUAAAAAGAAACCAGUAUCGAAACUCUCCUUGGGCCGCAGGGCGUUUUAUAUCCACAUCAGGCCCCAAGGACUCCGUCUAGAAGCUAACCGCUAACCAUCGCUGUCUCCUAUGAGAAGGCUGGAGAAGUAAUCUGGGCUAUUUUUCGACAACAGAAACCUUUAUUUAGUAAUCGUAUUUCCUGUCGUCGCAGGGAACAGUGCUAUUAAUAUUAUUAUUAAUAUAAGAACCCUUCAGUCAUUUGGCGAUAACAGACAUUACAUCGUUCUCUAACAGUUCUCCCUGGUCCCCGACUCAAGGAGAAGAUGUGGUUGAAACUGUUCUUCAUCCUGGUUUAUUUCCUGGUGUUAUUCAUGCUGGCCCGUUUGUUUGAGACAGUUCUUUGGUAUGAGACCGGUCUGUUCGCCACUCAGUUGGUUGAUCCAGUGACUCUUAGUUACAGAAGGUUGAAAACGAUCUUGGAGUGCAGAGGUUUGGGAUAUUCUGGAUUACCAGAAAAGAAAGAUGUGAGCGACUUGGUGGAGAAGUCAGGAGAGUUGAUGCAAGGGGAGCUGUACUCAGCCAUCAGGAGAGAGGAGGAGCAGACGAACGUGGGAGAGCCAGGAAGCACCUCCUUCAGUGGGGAAAUGCACUUCUACGAACUAGUGGAGGACACAAAGGACGGCAUAUGGCUGAUACAGGUGAUCGCUCAUGACAGGGAGGCCCUGCUCAGCAAAUCCAGCUGGAGUAAAAUGGUACAGAAGGUUUCACACUUUGGGAUAAGGACUGGGACAUUUAACUGCUCCAGUGACUACAGGUCUUGCAUGAAGCGAGGAUGGCAGAGAUCUACUCUCAUCAUGUCGGUGCCGCAGACGUCAGCGUCCAAGGGGAACGUCAUGAUGAAGGAAUACGAUGGGCAACACUUUGAAACUGAACACAUCUUUCGAUGGAUGACAUCACAUGUGGCUCAGCGAAUCAAAACAUUGCGACAGCCUAGCCAUUUGGCAGUAGAGUGGUGUCCGGACCAAAACCAUCCAGUGAAGAUGUUCUUGUUUGCCCACUUGUCUCAGCCUCCGGCGUUCUUCUCCUCACUCUCUGUCAAGUUCACAGGUCGCAUUGAGUUUAUCUUUGUUGACAUACGACAGUGGAAUAACUAUAGCACUCUGCUGGCGAUCGGUGUGAAGAACAGUCCUGCCUAUAUCCUUAUGAUGCCUGAAGGAAUUUAUCAGUAUGGUAACAGUACAGGAGAGUUCCUGUCCCUGGCUGCCAUGGACACCUUCCUGCGUUCUGUCCAGCCGGAGGUCAACGACCUGUUUGUGCUCAGUCUGCUGAUGGUUAAUCUGUUAUCCUGGAUGGAGCUUUUCAUAACGCAAGGGGCAACAGUGAAAAGGUUUGUUGUUUUGAUCAGAACACUUGGAACAUAUAACUCCUUACUUCUUGUCUCCUGGCUUCCUGUUCUGGCUCUACUGCAGUUGCCAUGUCUGGAUGGUUUCUAUCCCUAUAGCCUGAAGCUGCUGCGCUACAUCGACACCACGUCACUGGCCAGCCUGAUCAGAGCCGACUGGAUCUUCUACUCCUCCCACCCCGCCCUCUUUCUGUCCACGUACCUCGUUCAUGGCCUGCUAGUCGACUAUGUGGAGAAGAAGCGCUGUCCUUUAGUGAGUGAAGGGGAAAGCAGUACCAAUGUGGAGUGGCUGACCAGUCUGUGGGACUGGUUCGCCUCUUCCCUGCUCCAUCCGAUGGUCUCACUCCAGCAGGUUCCAGUUGACCAGCUGUCAGAUUGGGAUGAUCCCAACUUUCUGGUUCAACGAAUGGCAUUCCCUGAGCUUUGGCUGCCCCCUCUUGUGAAUGCAGAUUAUAUCAAAGCUUUACCUACUUGGAUUUUCAAUUCUAUCCAUCAACAAAGCAGUAAGGAGUUAAGUGCAGAGGAAACUGAUUCAGUCACAGUUUGGGAAGAGCAGGAAUUUAUACCAAUAGACGAUGUAAGGCAAAUUAAUAUCUCGGAGGAGGGCGGAUCAAGUAAAUGUCCAAAUUCUUUACCAAAUCAAAUGAGUCGAAACUCAGAUGAGAAUCAUAGUUUGAAUAACUUGCAAAAUAAUUCAAAUGAUCAAAUCAGUAACCUCACUAGCACAUGUCAGUGUGGCUGCGAUGGUAAUUUCACUUGUUGCAGAGAAGGACCAUCCGGAUCCAGAGGCCAUGAGGAUGGGCCGGGUACAGUCCUCUGUCCCCAGCAGUGUGACUGGUCCAUGUGGCCCCCAGGCACAAUUCAUUAUUUAGAAUGUGUGGUUUGUUUGGAGAACUUUUCUUGCAAGGAGUUGCUAAUGCAUCUGCCUUGUGGACAUGCCUUCCAUCAGCAGUGCAUCGUGGUGUGGUUGAUGGGGAGCAGACACUGCUGCCCCGUCUGCCGCUGGCCCAGUUACAAGAAGAAACCUCCCACUCAAACAGCGGUGGCUGAAGACUAAAUGGACUUAAUUUUGAUAGCAUUUCCUUAACUUUGAUUCUAAUGUAGUUUGUCUUCAUCUGCUAAUGUCUAAUCUCUCCUAUCUUUAUAUUCCAGAGUUCUAUUGAUCAAUAAACUUCAAUUUAAGCAG